GCAACCUUUUUACUGCCACUUCUAACUGCUAUUUCAUCCUAUUAGAUGAAUCUGCUCAUAAUUUCCUGCAUCCGCAGCCUACUGAAUAAGUUGCAUAUAAUUGGCCAUUUUUACGAUGUCUUCUUUCCCCCUGCAGUUGGUUGCAGGUUCAGGUCUGAUGAUUUUAUGUACACUGCCUACCAAGGCUGAGUCUUGCCAAAUCAAAAGUUGUUGCUCACUCCCUCGGCCUAGAUUUUCAAGAAUAUCUUAUAGACUAUUAUAUGACCCAUCAACAACUUCACUACGUCAGAUAUUAGAUCCCAUUCGGUAAAUCCUUAAGUGUCUAUCAGCAUGCAGUCUUCCAGCCCGCACAUAACUUACGCUACAGGGGAUUCACACAUUCCAGCCUAUAUGGACAACCUCAAAAGCCUCUCUUCCGUAAUGGCGAGAUCAAAUGAGUCGCCUGGGAUGACCGCUGGGCCAAGCACCCGUUCCCCUCUUGCACAAGACCGAGAACCGCUCCUUGGGUACCCCGAUGAGCCCCAUUCGCCCUACUCGGAUGAAAACCCCGCAGCUGAGCCUCUUCGUAAGAGAGCCUGCGCAGUCGGCUUAGCUAUUAUUAUGUUUUGUCGGCUUUUCAACACCAUAUUUGCCGCUUGCACGAUAGACAAGGCGAUUAAGGUGACGGGUGACGGGUGGAAUUACUGGAUUAACAGAUUCCUCUUCGGCAUCUGUUUGGUUAUCCCAGUCUGGAAUAUCUUCGCUCUUACCACGAGUAUUGUCAGCUGUCCGCUUUUCUCGGUCUUUGGUCGCAAAAGGGGGGAGUCCGUGAGUAGCUUCAGAGAUAGGCUACGCAUCCGGUUCGCUUGUAAUGAUGCAGUUUUGGGCCUGCUUACUCUGGGUCUGCUCGCUAUCGCGUGUCACGCUAUAAGUUCUCAUUGGGGAGAGCGGUUCGUAGGGCUUAGGCCGCCAAUCAUGGCGAUGGUGUCGGUGCUCGUCGGUGCGGAGUUCUUUACAGCAAUGAUCCAGCUACAGCAAUGAGCCAACCUUUCAUAUUCUCAGAGAGGAUGCUAUAUAGUAUCUGGUACACCUCGCAGGAGUGGUAAGAUACAUUGUAAUAGGAUAUGUCCUUUAGGGAUUGCCUUGUAUAGAAAUUUAAUGAACGACGCGGGUGGUAAUUAUUAUAUGGAGAGACCCUUCCAGCUCAUACCGAAGUUCUGGAAGGCCAUUGGAGAGUAGCAUUAACCAAGCUAACCUGGGAGCACUAUCCGAUGAUAAAUUCGUGUGGCAAGGGAACAACUAUAAUAGUCCGAGUCACGUUCUCUCGGAUAGCAACUAAGGUAGUCAAACUCGGAGUCAGACGCCGAAGGUUACUUAAUACAUACUACGUGCGUUAAGACAAAGCAAUCGAGUUGCAGUAUUUAAAACUCGUGGUUAAAUGAUUGGCUGAUGCAAGACUGAGGUCCUAGCGAAGUAUCAGAGCAGAGCAGCUAAGACACUAGCUCGACCGAGGGCAUUAUGUACCUAGGUACGUAACAUACAUAUGUACCUUAGGAACAUAUGUGCUGCUUCAACGGAAAGUUACCUAGGUAUUAUGUGUAUAGGUUUCCAAUUACAGAGAGAUAUCAACCCGGAC